CCACACUCUCUCCCCGAUCGAGUAGCGACGAGAUUCAUCCCGACAAGCCUACGAGCCGCGCAUGUUCCGACCCUGUCAGCAUAGUGAUGGCAAGAGACGAUAGAACUGAGGUGAAGUACUCCGGGACCACGUUACGCGGCCGAUAUUGAGAACUCUACGCUCCUCGCGGAUCUUUCUUCACGAUUUCGUAUGUACUGCCAAUGGGACUGCGUUGCAUCAAUAUCACCUGGAACUACGUCACCGCCAUGCAGCCGCAAUGGUAUUUUCUAUUAUCCAAUCAACGGACACUUCCAGUUUGGCAAAUGCCCAACUUCCAAAGACGGCGUCAACAAUUCAUAUGCUGUUCACACCUACGUGUCUGGUUGAGAGGAUAGUGAAAAUAUGCGACUAGCCCUCUUGCCACUUGUUGUGCUAAGUGGUACUGGUUCUGCCCAACUUGUGGUACCUUUGUUGCGGAGCACUCCGGGCUUCCAGCCCAUCGAUCACGAACAAGCGCCCCUUAUGGAUCCUUCUGGCGUUGGCCCGGUAAUGCCUCCCUCGGGCGACUCUCCUGCUGAGCCGCCUUCAGGCGGCGGAGGCAGUGUUAUGCUCUCCGACGUGAUGGGGCGGGAUAGGAGCAUUAAUCUUUUCGCGGGGUUCCUGCGAGACAUCGAAAGCGCGUCCCGCCGAAUUGAAGACUCGUCGCAGAACACCACGGUUCUCGCUCCACUCAACUCGGCCGUUGAAAAGCUACCCCGGAAGCCGUGGGAGGAUCUCCAAGACUAUGGCGCCCUCGGUCCCAACGCAUACGAAGGCGGGGAAGGGCGUGAAAGGGCCCAGCAGAACCUCCGCAAGUUCGUGGAGGCGCAUAUAGUGCCUUUGAGCCCUUGGGCCGAGGGCCAGAAGGUCAGGCCUAUCGGAGGAGAUCGGGAGAUCUGGUGGGAAGAAAGAGAUGGGGCGAAGCUGAUUCAGCCGGAUGCAAUAGAAGUUGUGGGCGUCGCAGGAGAAGUUGCGAACGGCCAAGUGGUAUGCCCAUCGACCUCUUCGAAUGGGGUAUCUGGCAAGCUAACAUGCUGAAUCCUGGCAGUGGAUAAUCAAAGGAGUUUGCCAUC